AUGGCGGCUCGUCAUCGAGUUCGAAGCCUUGAAGAUUUGAAUGAAAACAACAACGAUGGGGGUUGCACGUUUGAGCAAUUUAAUCGAACGCAUCCUCCCAUCUUUGAUGGAAGAGGCGAUACGAACACAGCGGAGGAUUGGAUACAAGACAUUGAAGAAAUAUUCAGCGUUUUGGAGUCGAAGAGAUGGUGGAAUUCUGAAAAAGUCAUCAGGGAAGCUGAAGGGACCGGUGUGAUUGUUUGGGCUCAAUUCAAGCAGAAUUUCUUUGAUCGAUUUUUCCCUAAGGCUGAUAGGGAAGCUAGAGCUCGAGAGUUCACCAACUUGGUGCAAGGGACCAUGACUAUGCACCAGUAUGCUGCAAGGUUUGCGGAAUUAUCACACUUUGCCGCAUACUUGAUUCCUGAUGAGGAGAAAAAGACAAGGAAGUUUGAGGAAGGUUUGAACUACAGGAUUAAUGAAUGA